UAAAGCGGCCAUAGCCUCCGGUUUGUCUCUCCUCUCCUCUCCUCUGUUGAACUCUCCGCGAUCUAAAAUGCUCUAAUUCCGCCAUCUUUUUUUAUCUCUUUUGCUCAUCCAUCGCAAUAUGUGGAGAAAUCUAUCCAAACAUUCUUCUCUGAGAAGGUUCAAGAUUUUAGCAGAAUCCAACUCAUCAAUCAAUGCGUUUACCUCAGCUAAAUCCUCUCAGCAUUCUAUCCUUUGUGAGGAGGCCACACAUUUCCUGACCCGGCGCGGUGUGAGCAUAGGCAGCUCAGAAUUAGGUCUUUUCCAAGAUACAACCUUGCGACGCAAGCGCGAUGUGGGACCUCCUAUUAGAUUUCCUGUUUAUACUAGAGGUUACGCCGCCGCAGCCGAGGCUUUAGUGUCGACGUCCGAAGAAGAGGUUGAUGAAAUUCAGGAAUUGGUGGAUGAGCUUAACAAAGAAAUCGAUGCGAGAAGCCCAGAAAUGAACCAGGGGCGGAGGCAGCCGCAGAAACUGGUGGGAGGGAUGGGGUUGGGGAAGUACAAUAUUCUUAGGAGGAGGCAGAUCAAGGCGGAGACGGAGGCGUGGGAGGAGGCGGCGAAGGAGUACCAAGAGCUUUUAGUUGACAUGUGCGAGCAAAAAUUGGCCCCUAACUUGCCUUACAUCAAGUCCUUGUUCUUGGGGUGGUUUGAGCCUUUGAGAGAUGCGAUUGCUGCUGAGCAAGACUUGUGCCAGGAAGGAAAGAACAGGGCCGCCUAUGCGCCUUACUUUGAUCAGCUGCCUGCAGAUAUGAUGGCAGUUAUUACAAUGCAUAAGUUGAUGGCUCUGUUGAUGACUGGAGGAGGCAAUGGCAGUGCCAGAGUUGUACAAGCAGCAUGUCAUAUUGGUGAAGCAAUCGAACAUGAGGUUAGGAUUCAUAAGUUUUUGGAGAACUGCAAGAGGAAAAACGCAUUAAAUAGAACUUGUGAUGAGGAACCUGAUGCUGGGGCUAAGGAGCAAGAGAGACUAAAGAAAAAGGUCCAGCUUUUGAUGAAGAAACAAAAGGUACAGCAAGUCAGGAGAAUAGUAAGCCGGCAAGAUGAUUUGAAGGCAUGGGGACAGGAUGCUCAAGUCAAGGUUGGCAGUCGGUUGAUUCAGAUAUUAAUGGAAACUGCCUACAUACAACCUCCGGUUGAUCAGAUGGAGGAUACCCCUCCUGAUGUCCGACCUGCAUUUGUGCACACGCUCAAAUCUGUUGAAACAGUGAAAGGGACCCGGAGAUAUGGGGUGAUUGAGUGUGAUCCUCUAGUUCGGAAAGGGCUGGAAAAAACUGCAAGGCACAUGGUGAUUCCAUAUAUGCCAAUGUUGGUUCCUCCACUAAAUUGGACAGGGUAUGAGCGAGGUGCUUAUCUAUUUCUACCAUCAUAUAUUAUGCGAACACAUGGAGCAAAACAGCAACGCGAGGCUGUUAAAAGAACUCAAAGGGAACAGUUAGAACCUGUCUAUCAGGCACUUAACACUCUAGGCAGUACUAAGUGGAGAGUGAACAAAAGAAUAUUGAGUCUUGUGGACAGAAUCUGGGCUAAUGGAGGUCAGCUUGCUGAUUUGGUAGACCGUGAAGAUGUCCCUUUACCAGAGGAACCUGAUACAGAAGAUGAAUUAGAAUUAAAGAAAUGGAGGUGGAAAGUUAAAGCUGUGAAAAAGGAGAACAGUGAAAGGCAUUCACAGCGGUGUGAUAUAGAACUUAAACUUACUGUGGCCAGAAAAAUGAAGGACGAAGAAGGAUUUUACUACCCUCACAAUUUAGAUUUCCGAGGGCGUGCAUAUCCCAUGCAUCCGUAUCUGAAUCAUCUUGGUUCUGACCUCUGCCGGGGAAUAUUAGAAUUUGCAGAAGGUCGUCCGCUUGGCAAGUCUGGCUUACGCUGGUUAAAAAUACAUCUAGCAAACUUAUACGGUGGUGGUGUUGACAAAUUGCCUUAUGAGGGUCGGGUAUCAUUUACUGAAAACCAUCUGGAGGAUAUAUUUGACUCUGCUGAUCGGCCUCUUGAAGGGAGACGAUGGUGGUUAAAUGCAGAGGAUCCUUUCCAAUGUCUGGCCACUUGCAUGAGCCUGUCUGAGGCAUUAAGAAGUCCAUAUCCUGAGACUGCAAUCUCACAUAUGCCUGUCCACCAGGAUGGUUCGUGUAAUGGUUUGCAACAUUAUGCCGCUCUUGGAAGGGAUAAGCUUGGAGCAGCUGCAGUCAAUCUUGUUGCUGGAGAUAAGCCAGCUGAUGUUUACUCAGGGAUUGCAGCAAGAGUUCUUGAGAUAAUGAAGACAGAUGCAGCUGGAGACCCUGAUAUUGAUCCCAAUGCCAAGCAUGCUAGACUGUUAAUUGAUCAGGUGGAUAGAAAGUUAGUUAAGCAAACAGUCAUGACAUCAGUGUAUGGUGUCACAUAUAUAGGUGCACGUGACCAAAUCAAGAGGAGGUUAAAGGAGCGCCAUGCUAUGGAUGAUGAUGCAGAGUUGUUUGCAUGUGCUUGCUAUGCUGCAAAAACAACCUUAACUGCUUUAGGAGAAAUGUUUGAGGCUGCAAGAAGUAUAAUGGGCUGGCUGGGAGACUGUGCAAAGAUUAUAGCAACAGAAAAUGAACCAGUUCGUUGGACGACACCACUUGGGCUUCCUGUUGUCCAACCUUACCGCAAAUUAGGAAAGCACAUGAUUAAGACUUCACUUCAGGUUUUAACUCUUCAACGCGAAACUGACAAGGUGAUGACCAAGCGACAGAGAACUGCUUUUCCUCCAAAUUUUGUGCAUUCUCUCGAUGGCUCACAUAUGAUGAUGACUGCCAUUGCUUGCUCUCAGGCAGGCUUAAGUUUUGCAGGAGUGCAUGAUUCAUAUUGGACUCACGCUUGUGAUGUUGACCAAAUGAACAAGAUUCUAAGAGAGAAGUUCGUUGAGCUCUAUGAGGCACCUAUAUUGGAGAAUUUGUUGGAGAGUUUUGAGAAGUCAUUCCCAGACCUAAAUUUCCCUUCGUUGCCAGAACGAGGAGACUUCGAUCUGAAAGAAGUUCUAGACUCCACCUAUUUCUUCAACUAGAUAAUACAGAUAUUGCUUAUCAUUCUUUGAGUAUCCAAUCCCUCUUAUCAUUUGAUUACCAUGGACAUCCCGAUUUUCUUGGAUCGUUGCUGCUGCCAGUACCAUCGUCUUGAUCUGGAAGAUCUCUGGAUAGCAGGAUACUUGCUAAUCCUGCACGCUUCUGACUGCAUUUCUAGGUACUGAGGCGUACCGCUUCGAUCAGAAUAAGACGAAAUCGGAUGCUAAUACCGUAGCACAAACUUAUAAGGCGCGCCACAGCCUUACAAGUUCUCUUUUUGUAGCUGCUCGUAGGAGCAGUGUUGUAGUUGAGUAAGCAAUGCUCUUGUACAUGGCAAAACAAGUAGUGGAAGCUGAGCUAAAUUACUGUAUAUAUGUUUUUAGAUUUGAUGAAAGCAAAAGAUAAAUGAGUUUACUAGA